UUUUCCAUUCGCUCGGCUUCCCGAUGUUACCCGAUAAAUUCUGGCGCAAUUCAAUCGUCGAACGUCCGAAAGAUAAUAAAACGGAACUGGUCUGCCAUGGAUCGGCUUGGGACAUGUACGACGGAAAUGAUUUCAGGAUCAAGAUGUGCACCGAAGUGACCUACGAUGAUCUGGUUAUCGUUCACCACGAAAUGGGACACGUGUAUUACUACAUUCAGUACAAAGACCAACCAGUCGUUUUCAGAGAGGGUGCGAAUCCGGGCUUUCACGAAGCGAUCGGCGACACUAUAGCGUUAUCCGUUUCGUCGUUGCCUCAUGCUUGCGGUCUGGGUUUGCUCGAAAAUUCCGAAUACGAAGAGAAGAUGGACAUCAAUUAUUUGUACAUGAUAGCACUGCAAAAAGUUGCUUUUUUACCGUUUGCUUACUGCGUCGACAAAUGGCGGUGGACCAUUUUUACCGACGAAGUAACACCGGACACUUACAACAGUCUUUGGUGGAAGUUUAGAGCUGAAAUCCAGGGUAUCGAGCCACCGACUAAUCGCGAAAAAACGGACUUUGAUCCUGGAUCAAAGUACCACGUCGCUGCAAACGUGCCCUACAUAAGGUACUUCGUGAGCUUUAUAAUCCAAUUCCAAUUCUACGAAGCGGUUUGCUUGAUCGCUGGUCAGUACGAUCCGAACGACGAUAAACGACCGUUGCAUCGUUGCGAUAUUUACGACAGUAAGGAAGCUGGGAUUGCAAUGCGGCAAAUGAUGCAGCUGGGAUCGAGCGUGCCUUGGCCAGAAGCCAUGGAGCGGUUAACGGGUCAUAGAGAAAUGAAAACCGGAGGGUUGAUGUCUUACUUUCGCCCUCUGUAUAUCUGGCUGAAAGAUGAGAAUAAACGCAGCAAGGAGCCCGUUGGAUUUUGAAUUUCGAACCAUCGAAGGAGAGAUUUUCACCGUGACUAUCGUGCGGAAAUUUGUUACCGUCGAACGGUAAGGCGGUUGAACUUUCAGUAGUAACUACCGUGAGUUAGUCAGACAACGGGCGGUCCGAUAGCGAAUGGAUUUAAUCCGCGGUAAGGACCGCGAAUCACGCGAUCGUACGAAGAUAACCGCGAUUCAAGAGAAUUUCGCGCGAAUGUAUUAUCGAGCGCGGAUAGAGUCGAAGCUAAGAAAUGAAUUGACGUACCUGGUGUGCGGAAUUCGUGUCGGCGUAUUGUGUGAUUAUCGUUUACAGAUUCAACAAAAUGUAGCACAGCUGUAUAUUUUCAAUCUUUCAAUAUAACAAUUUUCUGAAGAUCAUCGGUUCAUUCAUUAAUUGUUUCGUUACAUACCCCAGUUCGCUGAAAAAAAGUUCUAAAGCCAUUUUGAAAUAUGAAUUCGAACAAUAUACUCGACGUGGGUGAACAUAUAUGGUACCUGUAUCGAGCUCUCGCAGAAUAUUUUCUCACCCACGGAUACCUGAGUAGCUACAUGUUCUUACCUCACGAGUCAAAUUAUACCAGUCGAAGAUAUUUAAUACGGUAUAGUCGCUCGUUGAUUACUUUGGAAUUGUUCUUUUUUUUUUUUGCUCACAUGCUCCUUUUUUAAUAAUUCGACACAAGAUAGAAUUGAUCCCAAAAGUUCGCAGAAUGUAAGAACUGGAGGAACAAUAUCGCACACGAUUAAUCCAGAAACAUCGUUACUUCGAAGAUGAUAAUAUCGCGGAAUGAAUGACGAGGAUAUAAUGAGAGAACAAUUAAUUUAGAAAAAAAAUUCAAAUUUCAAUCUUAAAUGCUCUCGUUGUCCAGGCGAUUGCAUAAUAGCACUUGAUGGAUGGGAACGUGCAUGGUUAAAGAAUGAUGACGAUGAUUACGGUAUAUAAUUGGUACAGCGAUUACCUCCGAUUGAUAUCGUUCGAGACAGGGCGUAGAUAUAUUCAUGAUUCGAAAUGACGUGGCUUUCCGAGUGACGUAUACACCUAUCGAUGAUUGAAGGCGCAAUUAUAUCAUUAAUGCAAUUCCUGCAGGACGAACGAUAAGUAUCUGAGAAUAAUUCAGAGGUUGUCGAAGUUAUGGUAUACACGUGGUCGAUAGAAAAUAAUUAUCCAUUGCGAAUAACCUCGUCGUUUCACCUGUUCACUGAGUUAGUCAAUGACCUGGAAUCACCGCGUUGAUUGAUAGCAAGGUCAAGUCAAAGACUUUGGGGUGCAGCGUUGGUGAAAAAGCAAAUCAACUGGAACUCGUUGAAUUUCAAUUCUAGAUCACAAAACAAUAUCACAACCCAUUGGAAUUUCAUGGUCAAUUAAACGCGUUCGUUCAGUUGAGUGGAAAUUAAUAAUAUUCAUCUUUCCCUAAUUACGGCUGAUUUCAAAUUCGGUGUAAAACAACUUCGCCGCGAAGUAACGUGAUCCGAUUCGCCGAGUGACUAAUUUCAUUCAGCCCUGAGGGUUAAUUUGGUUCGACCUGCACCGCACGGGGGUGAUGACCGACCAUGAGACAACCUCUCAAACGGGUCCAAGACAGCUGCAAGGUUGUUACAAUAUAAUCUCGAAUACAGUGGUGUGUCCGGUUCCUUUCGUUCUUUCGACAUCCGGCAUAUGGAUAAUACUUGAAUUAUCUGCCUACGCACAAUCCGGUAUAUACAGCGAGUGUCGAAUAUAGCACUUCACUUAUACUCGGACCGUACAGCUACCGAAGGAACCAUCGAUCAUGAAUACCUAAUCGUAUGGUAAUUAAUUAUACUCUACAAGGAAGUGAAUACGCGUUAUACGUAUAUGUACGUAUUGUGCUAUACAAAUCGUG